ACAGAUAUAAAUAGCUUUCUCUAUCUAUAUAUAUAUAUAUAUGUGCAUGAACAUACAUAUAUAUAUGUAGCUAUAUUGUGAAUUGGAGCUAGAUCAUAUAUAUCCCAAGUGAUCAAAAAUGUCUUCAUCUCCAUUGUUAGAGGCGAGUAGUAAAAAGGGAGGGUGGUCAUGGGUGAGGAAGGUGGUGGAUGUGGAGGAGGCGAAGGGGCAGCUGCUGUUCGCGGUGCCGAUGAUCCUCACCAACGUGUCGUACUAUGCGAUCACGCUCGUCUCCGUCAUGUUCGCGGGGCAUCUCGGGGAUGUCGAGCUCGCGGGAGCGACUCUCGGCAACUCCUGGGGCACCGUCACCGGCAUGGCUCUCAUGACUGGUUUAAGUGGGGCUCUUGAGACACUUUGUGGCCAAGGAUACGGCGCGAAGCUAUACAGGUUGCUAGGAAUAUACCUCCAAUCCUCGAUCAUCACAUCGACGUUCUUCGCGAUCUUAGUAUCCAUUCUAUGGUAUUUUUCCGAGCCUGUACUGAUAUGGUUGCACCAGGAACCUGAGGUUGCGCGAAUGGCCGCGCUCUAUCUCUUGUACUUAAUCCCUGGACUAUUCGCCUACGGGUACUUGCAAUGUAUUCUGAGGUUUCUGCAGACGCAAACUGUGGUUCUGCCGCUCGUGGUGUGCUCCAUUGUUCCGCUGCUCAUCCAUGUCGGAUUAACUUAUCUGUUGGUUCAUGUAUUCGGCAUCGGUUUCAAGGGGACUUCGAUAGCUGGGUCGAUAUCGCUGUGGAUAUCUGUGUUUAUGCUCGCGGUUUACAUCAAGUGGUCGAAGAAGUUCCGGUACACCUGGGAGGGGUUUUCCAUGGAAGCAUUUCAUCAUGUGUUGCCUAGCAUGAAGUUAGCUGUUCCCUCUGCUGUGAUGGUCUGUUUUGAGUAUUGGGCUUUUGAGAUUCUGGUUUUACUUGCUGGGCUAAUGCCAAACUCUGAGCUGAGUACUUCACUCAUCGCAAUGUGUGUUAAUACAGAGGCAGUCACAUACAUGAUCACAUACGGAUUCAGCGCGGCAGUGAGCACGCGUGUGUCGAAUGAGAUCGGCGCGGGAAAUAUCGAGAAGGCGAAAAACGCGGUUACAGUGACUCUAAAGCUCUCGGUCUUCCUCGCAGCGACUGUAGUUUUGAUACUAUCAUUUGGGCACAAUAUAUGGGCUAGUAUGUUCAGCAGCAGCCAAGCAAUAAUCCAGGAAUAUGCUUACAUGGCUCCCUUUGUUGCUGGGUCUAUAUUAUUCGACUCGGCACAGGGAGUUUUAUCAGGGGUCUCUAGAGGCUGUGGUUGGCAACAUUUGGCAGCUUGGACCAACUUAGUGGCUUUCUAUUUAAUUGGAAUGCCAUUGGCCCUUCUAUUUGCGUUUAAAUUGGAAUUUUAUGCCAAGGGGUUGUGGCUGGGUCUGAUAUGUGGUCUCUUCUGCCAAUUCUGCACUCUCCUGGUUAUCACUCUCCGCACCGAAUGGCACAGAUUAAAACUCCAAGAGGACGAAGCUGUUCUUGUUUAGCCACACAUCUGAAGCAACAGAUCCCACGUAGAGCGUAAGAACGUGUCGCGUUUCCUGAGAAAACUAUAAGAGACAGAUCAAACUAGUUACUGCUGCUUAUCUGACGAGUUUUUUACUGCGGUUUAUGAACUGUUUUUCAUGAACUUAAGAGAGGCUGUUUGUACUUCGCUUUCUAGCUUUUAGAAGACUUUUUUUAUAGAGAUAAUAAGCUGAGAUUGGAUUAAUUUGUUGGAUAUUUUUAUCUCAAUAGAAAAGGACACCUUUCUUAUCCAA